AUGCACCAAAAUGAACAGACCCGGGACUCCAUAACAAAAUCAACCCGACGACGAAGUCUCAAAACACUCUUUCAACUCCCUCUUUCAUCCAGAUCUCCCGAUUUCAUUUCUGCAUCAACUGCAGAAGCUGUUGGCUCGAUUCCAGCGGACAUUGUCCGUGAAAUCGUCGACCUUCUGACUCCUGCAGAUGUCCUCAACAUGAGCCUUACAUCAAAGCAUCUGCGGUCGAUGUUGUUGCCAGCUCUUUAUGAUACAGUCAUCCUCAAGUCCAGCAGAACAUGCAAAAUAACGCUGUCGAUGCUGGCCCAGCAAAGACACCUUUGCGGGCUCAUCCGGAAGCUUGCCGUCCGCCCCAACUACUACCUGUCGUGGCCAAGGCCCGAUGAACCUCUUGACGAGCGUUGGGUUGUGGAUAUGAUCAAAGAGAUUGCGGAUGGUCUGACCUCGAUGCACACUUUUGACUGGGAUGGGUUGGAGCUGCCCAAGGACUGUCUCUGGGAUUCACUGCGACUACGUUGCCCCCAACUCAAGAGCGUCUUCUCCAACGUCGGGCACUGGGCUCUGAACCCCAAUAGUAGCCUCUUCAAAUUCCGAGGCCUCACCAGCUUCUCACUCAUCAUUCGGCACGGAUUGGGAGGGUCAGAACUAUUUCCGGUUCCAGAAGAUCUCCCUCCCCAGUUCUGGGACAUGCUCGUGAACCAUUGCCCCGACCUCCAAGAACUCGCGAUCUGCAGCUUCUCCUCCUCCUCCCGCGUGUUCGAUUUCGAGCGCAUCGCAGAGGGCCACUGGCCGCGCCUGCACACACUCACACUCGGUUCUUUCGGCUACCAAAGCGACUUUUCACUCGGGCCCCAUUCUCUGAUCAAUGAGAAUGCAUUAUCAAAGUUUUUGGAAACGCACCGCGAAUUGAAGUAUAUCCGAUUCUUGUGGAAUUUUAAGCGCUGGAUGUCCCCGGAUGAGAUACCCAUGCCUAUUGCCCCGACUGCACUUCCUGCGCUGGACACGUUUAUAGGGGUGUAUCAGCAGCUAGCGGAACUGCCUCAUCCCGAAAAGGUGGAGACGCUGGAUUUGACCUGCGAGCCUAUCUAUGAAACGAGGCUUGACGCUGUGUGUCCACUUUUGAGCAAGCUGACGGCCCUCACGUCGUUGGAUAUCUGGACACACGUGUUUGAUCCCCACCGCGACCAUACACCGUUCUUCACUGCUAUUCUUGCUGCUUGCCCGAAUCUCACGGAUUUCCAUUUCAUGUGUACCACCUCUUUUACAGUUAAACCACUGAAACAGCUCCUUGCCCAACUCUACCGCCUCCCCUCUCUAAAACGCUUCUCUCUAACAAAAGGCCACAAAUACCUAGACGAGAGCAUGCUCUCCACAGCCAUGCGGAUCCUGAAACACACCCCGGCCUUGAGGCAAGUGAACAUCCGCUGGGCACGUGAGCAGUGUCCGAACCAUUUGAAGCAAGAGGGGUCGUAUGAUGUUGUGCUUGGGAGGGACGCGCGCCCAGAGUCGGUGGCGGUGGUUGAGAGGGGGAUACCAUUGGUUGGAAGGCCGUUUUGUAGGCGGUUUAAGGUCGGGAUUGGUUUUGGGAAGUACAAUGAGCCCGAGGAGCGGAGGGAGGGGAAGGGGAAGAGGACGAGUUGGGUUGGAGGUGCUUCGUUUGGGGUUGGGUUCAAGGCGAAGAGUUUUGGCGAGAAUCGGACUGUGGAUUCCGCGGAUGGUCCUCCUGCGGUGGAAGCGACGGCUUUCGAUGCGAUAUCGAGUGCUGAUUCGAUACCUGGAUCUCCUGAUACCUCUGCGUCUUCUGGAUCUUCUUGGUCUUCGGCUUUGUCGUCGGGAACUCUGUGA